AGAAGAGACAGUCAGGCCAAUAACUUAAGAGCAUAGCACCAGCAUCAACAACGAGUAGAAGCAUAUUACAGCAUAUCCAGUUACCGACAUUCUCUCUCUUUUUGUCCUUUUUUCUACCCUCCCCUGUCUUCAGUUUUUGCAUCCAUCACAGCCAAAAGCCUAAUUCCAGAAGACUCAGAUCUAAGCCAAAACAGCACAAAACACAGCAAGCAUCAGCAUCACUCGCUGCCAUAGGUCACUCACAACUCGUCUAGAUUAACGGGCACUAAUACAAUAUAUACACCCGCAAACGCACCCAAUGUGGAAAUUAGUACAAAGCGGCCUAUCUGUUGUUGCCGGAACAGCAGAGCCGGAAUAUGGACCGGAUUCUAUCCACCCAGUGGCCUCCGACCUCAAAGAGGGCGAACCUCUGUACUCGGACUUGACCAUCGAAGACUUGAAGUAUGUCUCUCCAAACCACACCAACGUCGAAACACAGACCUUCUAUUUUGAAGACACCAAGCACGCUGGGUUUGCACAGGUCAUCCACUCCAACGUGAUAGGACUGCACACCACCGCCCAGUUCACCUUCAAGAUUUUCGAGAAGGAGACUCCCCAGGACUUCAUAUGGACCUCCACCAAGCUCGAGAACUUCUCCAUCGAAAACGGGACCGACUUCAAGGCUGACAACCUCUCGAUCGUUCUAAACAAGGACAAAAUCAACACUUACCAUAUUGACUCCUCUGUCAACAAGCUGACCGAGGUUCAUUUGACUGUGAAGCGUAUCGGCAGCAGUAUAAAGUUUGGCAAGGACGGUACCACCUACUACGGAACAGAGGUCGAUAACCCUUGGGGCUCCAUGAGACAUGUUUUCUGGCCAAGAUGUAACGUAGAUGGUAAUAUCAUCUUACGUGAAGUCAAGCCAGAGCAAGACCUUGACAACUUGGAGCCUGAGGAAAUUGAGUACGUUGUUAAAGAGAACGUUACCAUCAAGGACGGUUUGACUAUGUACGUGAUGGCUUUGCAGGGUAUGAAGCCCCACCAUGCGGCUGCCACAUGGGACUUCUUGAAUUACCAAUCUGACGACUACUCGGUCGUUUUGAUGGAAUUCACCACUCCCCCAGCUUACAACAAGACCAAAGUCAGUAUCUCCAUGGUAGUCGAUAAGGAAGGUAAGAUCAUUCUCGGCACAUUGGACAACGACACAAAGCACCUCGAAACAAAGGUGGACGAAACCUCUGGUUGGGAUAUCCCAUCCAAAAUCUCGUACACCUUAAAGGACCCUGAAGACGACCUUAAUGUGGAAGUCGUUGGUGAGUUGAAAAAUCUUUGUGAAAGAGUCGAUGUUAUGGCCGAAAUCCCACAGUUCGUUAAGAGCAUUGUGAGCGGAGUCGCCGGCACAAAGCCUUACAUCUACCAGUUCAGCAAUACCAUGAAAAUGACCAUAACGAAGAAUGGUAAGGUGGAAACAACCGAUUCCGGUUACGCCUACAGUGAGUCAACUUUUAUUACUGCUAUCUAAAGCGGAGAGUGCCGUAUAGGAUCCAUAUGUGCUUUUCGAUGAAUACUCUUCCCAGUCCUAGUAUAACG